UGGAAGCCCAGCGAGAGCCGGACCUUAACCCCCUUCCCCCCCCCGACGCAGACUGCGGGGGUAAUUCUCUCUGCCCAGCGGCAGGUCCUCACAAGCAGCGGGCUAACGGGGGACUGUAAGGAAAGACUGGAUCUGCUUUGACUGAGAGGCAAAGACGACGUUGACGCGCUUCUGCAAAACCGAGGCCGUUCUGAAACCUCGUGAAGAGGAGAGAUGCAUGGUGCUGUGUGGCUGAUGCUGGCCACGCUGUGGGCGGCGGAGGGUACGGCGGUGGGGUGUCCUGACGCCUGUAAAUGCUCCAGGAAGUCCAGCCCGGAAAGGUCGGAGGUCAACUGUCAUAAGAAGGGCCUUAGGGCCUUCCCCUCACAACUGCCCUCGGAUGCCUGGAUCCUCAAAUUAGGUGAGAAUGGGAUUACAGAGCUCAAAGCCAACGCUCUUAAGCCCACCCCCAACAUCGAGAGCAUCAACCUGGAACGCAACGCCAUCAAGUCCAUCCACCCCCAGGCCUUCUCUGGUGCGAGGCAACUGAUGCUCCUCAAUCUUUAUGGCAACCACAUUACCAAGCUUCAGCCCAAAGGACUCCAGGACCUCCUCAAUCUACGCUUCCUCAUGCUGGGUCAGAACCAGAUCGGUGUCCUGAGACCUGAGAUAUUCAAGGGCUUGAGGAACCUGUCAGAUCUGGACAUGCCACUCAAUGCGCUGACGGCACUCCCGUCAAAUGCCUUCAAGCCUCUGAUAGCACUCAAAGUCCUGGACCUCGCCCUGAACCGUAUCACGAGGAUCUCCCCCAAGGCCUUCACUGGACUGACGGAGCUGAUGUUUCUCAAUUUGGACAACAACAGUCUGAAAACUAUUACUGCUGGAGUCUUCAGACCAUUGUCCUCUCUGGAGAUGUUGGUUCUGGACAACAACCUUCUAUCAACACUGAGUCCCUCUUCUCUGGAUGGCCUGGACAGACUACAGGAGCUCUACCUAAGGAACAACGAGAUUGAGAGCCUGCCGCCGGAUUUGUUCCUGAAAACGCCCAAACUCAGUCAACUAGCCCUCAGUGGAAACCGCCUUAAGACCGUGGAUGGAAAAAUGUUCAACCACAUGCCCGAUCUCAAGAAGCUGUACCUCCAUGAUAAUCCCUGGGAGUGUGACUGUAACAUUCGCCCUCUAGUGCAGUGGAUGGGACAGACCAAAGUCAACAUGUCCCCUAUGGCGGCCCUGAAGUGCGUUAGCCCACCCGAGCUCAGAGCCAAGACCCUUGGCAGCCUCCGAGAUGACAAACUCGUCUGCCGAGCCUAGAGCCAAUGAAUCUGCAGGAAAGCCACGGCCUCGGCUUGGGUCCGUGUCUCCAAUGACCCACCGGAUUCAGAUUGUUCAUAUGUUGAACUUUUAAUCAUGCUGUGUUUUCUUUUUCUUAACUUUGUUUUCCGACAUACGAUGAACCUACAACAAUUUCUUACGUGAUCUGUCAAAACUGUUUCACGGCAAAGCAAAUCAAAAAAACAUAUAUCGGUAAUAGAUGACAAAAAUACUAAAGACAGUGAUAGACAAUUGAUAGUAGAAACCGCAUAAUUCCACAGAUUUAAGUCUCUGUGAUAUGUAAUAUGUCAUAUAAUUUCUCUCAAUUUUUACAGGCUUCAGAUUAUGAGGUUGCGUAAAACCAUUAUAGACACCCAUAACAAAGGGCAAGUCCCUUUCCCCAUCUCCAGAUUCAUCAGUAACGUUAUAAUCUCAUAAUGCAUUUCAUAUCACACGAUGUAGGUUUGACGGAUUACGUGUAAUAGGAUAACAUUAAUCCAAUUCCAAAAUAAUUGCUCCCUAUAAUCUGUAACAGGCAAUGUUAGGCAAAGUAAAGCGAAGGAAAGGUAUUUUGAUUUCGAGAUGAUGGGCACUAACGUAUAUUUUCACCUGUGGAAAUAAUGGUAGAGAUGGCUGGAGAUAAUAAUAAUAACAAUAAUAACGCUAUCAAAUCAUAAUAUUAUGUAAAUUAGAUUAAAAGUUUGGCUCAGUUGCGUAUAGUAUUGAUUUCUAAGGGAGACUAAUCCUUCAAAUGAUUUAAACAGAUUAAGAGAAAAAUAAACAGAUUACGAUUCCAUGUUACACUAAUUCCAGUGGAUUAUACUCCCAAUUAAAACUUUUAGUCUGUAUAGAGUAAUCCACUGGGCACUGACAAGCAACAAAAAAAAAUGUGUACAAUUUAUUUCAUAUUGUGUUAACCUGCUAUUGUAGUACACAUCUUCAAGACCUAGCUUGCUUGAUAAAUUUGUCAGAGCUGCACUGUCGGUCCGGUGUACUCCAUCACUGUUUAACUGUUGGAGAGAUAUAGAGUGAGACUGAUGCAGAGAGAGAAAGAGCAAU